AUGAUCGUCGAGGAAGCCACCAUUCCCACACCACCUCAGCUCCUUUAUCCAUCUCUACAAGGUCUCCCUAUUGUCACCAUAGCCCAGAGCUACCGAAGAAUCCACGAAGCCACUACCAGACUAGCAAAACUCACGUCAGACAUCGCGGAUAAACCAGAGACAUGGCAAUCCAUUACGCAGAUUAUCGACGCGAUGGAGCAAAUAACCACGGCGCAUGCCAACGUCCAUGCUCACCGCUACGUCAUCGACCAGAACAUCACCACAGCCAUCAACACCACUCCAGAUAGAAUUGCAUCCUUCGUAGACCAUCUCCACCAAUUCUACAUAUCUCUUUCACGAAUAGAACAUCUUUUUCAGGCAGCCACUGCAGCAUGCGUAGAAGCAUGUACCAUCUUACACCAUCUUUUCACCCGCCUGCGUCGUAAUCGUGCCUCCUCUUCUCGUAGCUCCGCCCACCGCACCGACCACUUCAAGCACAAGCGUAUCCACAGCAUCCGCUCCGACUACCACUCACUCCACCUUAACCACUUCAAGGAAAUCACCAUCUUCAUCCACGAUAGACACCAUCCAUAUUUCAUCCACGUCAUCAGGUGCGACAACUGCUGCGCCUGGAGGAUCGAAUCCGGAGUGUUUGACCGACAGCAGGAAAUGAAUUCUCUACUAAUCGUUCUUGCACUCGUCCCAGCCAUUUCAGCUCAACUCUUCGCAAUUGCGAAUCCUGGCCAAACUUCGAGAAGCACGGUUGGAUGCCCCGGAUAUCUACGAUUCGCAGGACGAGCUGCUAUUGGCUCCGCAGCAUGUGGAGGUGCUGCAUGUUGUCCGUGUCCUGGAACUGGUUUACCACUCAUUGGAGCCGCCGCACCCACGUUUAUUCUGAACGCUUGCGUUCCUGCCUGCUGUCCUACUGGUAUCGUUGGUCCAACUACUGGCACGGUUGGUACAGGAGCUAUACCUGGAAUUGGUAGUGUGGUUGUACCAAGCGGUGCUGGAGUUGUUCCAACAAUUGGCACUGGUAUUUUGGGCAAGAAAUGA